CAACAACAUCCAUACGAUUGUGAUUGUUUGGUAAUGUUUAUAAUUUAAGUUGCAAAACAUUACAAAACUAAUUAAUUCUGCAUGUUAUUGGUCUUAGUAGUGCUUCUUUAGUUAAAAGUUAGACGUUACUAUGUCUUUGUACGAACAGGAAUACGAACAAUAUGAAGACGAAGACACAGAAGAAAUCACCACUGAACUAUGGCAAGAAGCCUGCUGGAUCGUUAUCAACGCCUACUUUGACGAAAAAGGUCUGGUCCGUCAACAAUUGGACAGUUUCGAUGAAUUUAUUCAAAUGUCUGUUCAAAGAAUUGUUGAAGAUUCACCUGCCAUCGAACUGCAAGCGGAAGCCCAACAUACAACUGGAGAAAUUGAAGUACCUCCAAGAUUUUUACUGAAAUUUGAACAAAUCUACUUGUCCAAGCCUACGCAUUGGGAAAAAGAUGGAGCACCCUCUCCCAUGAUGCCUAACGAGGCCAGACUCAGAAAUUUGACAUAUUCAGCCCCCCUGUACGUCGAUAUAACCAAAACAAUAAUCAAAGAUGGGGAAGAUCCUAUAGAGACGCAACAUCAAAAAACUUUUAUUGGAAAAAUUCCUAUUAUGCUAAGAUCCACAUAUUGUUUGCUUAGUGGACUUACAGAUCGUGAUUUGACAGAAUUAAAUGAAUGCCCCUUAGACCCCGGUGGUUAUUUCAUUAUAAACGGCUCAGAAAAAGUAUUGAUUGCCCAGGAGAAAAUGGCCACAAAUACUGUAUAUGUAUUUUCGAUGAAAGAUGGCAAAUAUGCCUAUAAAUCUGAAAUAAGAUCUUGCUUGGAGCACAGCUCCCGUCCCACAUCAACUUUGUGGGUUAACAUGAUGGCGAGGGGCGGACAAGCUAUCAAAAAAGCAGCCAUCGGUCAACGUAUAAUCGCUAUUCUGCCUUACAUCAAACAAGAAAUACCCAUAAUGAUAGUAUUCAGGGCUCUAGGUUUUGUAGCUGACAGAGACAUUUUGGAACACAUUAUUUACGACUUUGAGGAUCCGGAAAUGAUGGAAAUGGUCAAACCCUCAUUGGACGAGGCUUUCGUCAUUCAAGAACAAAACGUGGCACUGAAUUUUAUUGGUGCCAGAGGAGCCAGGCCCGGUGUGACGAAAGAGAGACGUAUCAAGUAUGCUAGGGAAAUCUUGCAAAAGGAAAUGCUACCGCACGUGGGUGUGUCCGACUUUUGUGAGACCAAAAAGGCCUAUUUCUUAGGUUAUAUGGUGCACCGGCUUCUCUUAGCCGCUCUUGGACGACGUGAAUUAGAUGACAGAGAUCACUAUGGCAAUAAAAGAUUGGAUUUGGCUGGGCCUUUGUUGGCUUUUCUGUUUAGAGGAUUAUUCAAAAACCUAAUGAAGGAAGUCAGAAUGUACGCCCAAAAGUUCAUCGACAGAGGAAAAGAUUUCAACUUAGAUUUGGCCAUCAAAACGAAACUCAUCACUGACGGCCUCAAGUAUUCACUCGCCACUGGAAAUUGGGGCGACCAGAAAAAAGCUCAUCAAGCCCGUCCAGGUGUAUCUCAGGUAUUGAACAGGCUUACUUUUGCCUCGACAUUGUCUCACUUGAGACGUGUAAAUUCACCUAUUGGCAGAGAUGGUAAACUAGCUAAACCGCGUCAAUUACACAACACCCUUUGGGGUAUGAUUUGCCCUGCUGAAACCCCCGAGGGCGCUGCCGUUGGUCUAGUAAAGAAUUUAGCGCUAAUGGCGUACAUUUCUGUCGGGUCUCAGCCGUCUCCGAUUUUGGAGUUUUUGGAAGAAUGGUCCAUGGAAAAUUUGGAGGAAAUUGCACCUUCUGCUAUUGCAAAUGCUACCAAGAUUUUUGUAAAUGGUUGUUGGGUUGGUAUACAUAGAGAUCCAGAACAACUGAUGGCAACUUUAAGAAAACUGAGACGUCAAAUGGAUAUUAUUGUAUCAGAAGUAUCAAUGGUCAGAGAUAUUAGAGAUAGAGAAAUAAGGAUUUAUACAGAUGCAGGCAGAAUUUGUAGGCCGCUUUUGAUUGUAGAAAAUGGCACUCUCCUACUAAAAAAGAAACACAUUGACAACCUGAAAGACAGGGAAUAUAACAAUUAUGGUUGGCAAAUGCUGGUUGCUUCCGGUGUGGUUGAAUAUAUUGAUACAUUAGAAGAGGAAACGGUGAUGAUUGCCAUGUCUCCUGACGAUUUGAGACAGGAAAAAGAAUACGCUUAUUGUACUACAUAUACUCAUUGUGAAAUUCAUCCUGCUAUGAUUUUGGGAGUGUGUGCCUCUAUUAUACCUUUCCCUGAUCACAACCAGAGUCCCAGAAAUACCUAUCAAAGUGCUAUGGGGAAACAAGCUAUGGGUGUCUACAUUACCAACUUCCAUGUCCGGAUGGAUACCCUAGCUCACGUCCUAUACUACCCUCACAAACCCCUAGUUACCACCAGAUCGAUGGAAUAUCUACGUUUCAGAGAACUACCUGCAGGCAUAAACAGUAUAGUAGCUAUUGCCUGCUAUACAGGCUACAACCAAGAAGAUUCUGUCAUCUUGAAUGCUUCUGCUGUUGAGCGAGGCUUUUUCAGGUCAGUAUUUUAUCGUUCAUAUAAGGACGCUGAAUCGAAAAGGAUUGGUGAUCAGGAAGAGCAGUUUGAGAAACCCACAAGACAAACUACUCAGGGCAUGAGGAAUGCAUUGUACGAUAAAUUGGAUGAAGAUGGAAUUAUAUCGCCUGGUAUAAGAGUGUCAGGUGAUGACGUUGUGAUUGGUAAAACUAUGCUUUUGCCUGAAAAUGAUGACGAACUUGACGGUACUACAAAGAGGUUCACUAAGCGUGACGCUUCCACUUUCCUGCGUAACAGUGAAACUGGAGUGGUGGAUCAGGUCAUGUUGACUCUUAAUUCCGAAGGUUACAAGUUUUGCAAAAUUAGGGUACGUUCAGUAAGAAUACCUCAGAUUGGUGAUAAGUUUGCUUCUCGUCACGGACAGAAAGGAACCUGUGGGAUUCAAUAUCGUCAAGAGGACAUGCCAUUUACAUGUGAAGGCAUCACACCAGACAUUAUCAUCAACCCUCACGCUAUCCCAUCUCGUAUGACAAUUGGUCACUUGAUCGAGUGCAUCCAAGGAAAAGUAUCUUCGAACAAGGGCGAAAUUGGUGACGCCACACCUUUCAACGACGCUGUUAACGUACAAAAAAUCUCAACCCUUUUACAAGAAUACGGAUACCAACUGAGAGGCAACGAAGUUAUGUACAACGGUCACACCGGACGUAAAAUCAACGCGCAAAUUUUCAUGGGUCCCACUUACUACCAACGUUUGAAGCACAUGGUGGACGAUAAGAUUCACUCGAGGGCGCGCGGUCCUGUGCAAAUUCUAGUGAGACAACCUAUGGAAGGUAGGGCCAGAGACGGAGGAUUGCGUUUCGGCGAAAUGGAACGUGACUGUCAAAUAUCGCACGGAGCAGCUCAGUUUUUGAAGGAAAGAUUGUUCGAAGUUUCCGAUCCUUACAGAGUACACAUUUGCAAUUUCUGCGGUUUGAUUGCUAUCGCUAAUAUGAGGAAUAAUACGUUCGAGUGUAAGGGAUGCAAAAAUAAGACGCAAAUUUCGCAAGUCAAGUUGCCCUACGCUGCAAAGUUGUUGUUCCAAGAACUGAUGUCUAUGAAUAUUGCUCCUAGGUUGAUGGUGCUUUAAUUUGACACACUUUACUUUGUAUUUCUUUUAAAUUAAUGUUCUAGAUUUGAUUUAAUUUGGAAAUAUAUAAUCAUUUAAGUUUCUUUCUAGUAAUAAAUAUAUUAAAGGAGAUUA